AACUAGUUUGGAGAGUUGAAGGUUUUGGUUUCGCGACAGCUGGGUUUUCACAACUAUUGGAUUAAAAGGGCUGGAAGACGUGUGUUACCGCGACAGAAAGCCUUAAUCCAUUGAGUUAAGAUGUUGAAUAUGUGGAAAGUUAGAGAACUGGUUGAUAAAGCAACCAAUGUUGUUAUGAACUAUUCAGAAAUUGAAUCCAAGGUUCGAGAAGCUACAAAUGAUGACCCAUGGGGACCUUCUGGCCAGCUAAUGGGAGAGAUAGCCAGGGCUACAUUCAUGUAUGAGCAGUUUCCAGAAGUAAUGAACAUGUUGUGGUACCGAAUGUUGAAGGACAACAAGAAAAACUGGCGGAGAGUUUACAAGUCCUUAUUGCUGCUGGGUUACUUGGUGCGAAAUGGAUCUGAGCGAGUGGUCACCAGCACACGAGAGCACCUAUAUGACCUGCGCUCCAUUGAGAGCUAUCACUUUAUAGAUGAGAAUGGGAAGGACCAAGGCAUCAAUGUACGGCAGAAGGUAAAAGACAUGGUGGAGUUUGUGCAAGAUGAUGACCGACUGAGAGAGGAGAGGAAGAAGGCCAAGAAAAACAGAGACAAAUAUAUCGGCGUGUCUUCUGAGAGCAUGGGGGACUUCAGAUAUGCUGGUGACAGGUACGACUCGCGCUCUAAGUGGGAUGAUGACUGGGAGAACAAUAAAGGCGCAUUCCCGUUUAGUGAGAAACUGGGAGAGAUCAGCGACAAGAUUGGCAGCACAAUUAACGACACUAUAAACGUGUUCCGCAGGAAAGACAGAGAUGACUCACCAGACAGAUUCAGUGAGACAGAGGAGGAGAGAAAUCGAGAUUUCCGAAACGGGCAAUCAGGCAGGAAUGAAUUUAAAGAUGAUGAGGAGACGGUGACGACCAAAAGUGUUCAGAUUGUUCAGGCCACCGAGACUACUGCCACACGAAAGAAAGGAGCCACUCCCUCAAAAACCAUAGACCUGGGGGCAGCUGCCCAUUACACUGGUGAUAAACCUGCCACAAACACACAUGCCACCAAGCCAACUGUCUCAGGUACAAGUCAGUCCAGUGAUGGUCUGGUGGACUUGUUCAUACCAGAUUCUACACCCAUGAAGCCAGCUCCCACAGGUUUAAGCUCAGACGUGUAUGGAGGCUUUGCAGAUUUCUCAUCACCUGCAGCUACAGCCAGUCUUCCUUCAACAGCUGCCUCAGCAUCUAGUGGAAAUGGAGACUUUGGGGACUGGAACGCGUUUUCAGAUGUGCAGCCAGUCCCUCCACCUGUGAAUCCUGCCACAACAGACCUGUUUGCACCUGCUCCUGCUUCCACGGUGCCCUCCACAGUGCCCUCUGCUGACCUCUUUGACCUCAUGGGUCCUUCUCUCAGCACUUCCCAAAGCAUAAACUUCUCCAUGAGUAGCACUCAAAGCACAGGCCUGCCCAUAUCCAAAUCUCAGCCUCUGCAGAGUAUGGGGACUCCACUGGUGCCUCAGCAGUCUGAACAAGAAGGCAAGAAGGCCUCCAUGCCAUCCACUUGGUCUGACUCCAACGUCAACAUCAGUCUAGACUACCUGGGUCCUGGCAUGCAGCCUCCCAAACCAACUCAGCCUACACUCAACAUGAUGCAGCAGCAUGGAGUUCAAGUCCCAGUGAACAUGAUGACACAAGGUUUUGCUGGCAUGAACCUUGGCAUGCAGUCCAGUCCUGCCCCUGUGCGACCCCCCGCUAACCCCAUGAUGGGAAACAUGGGCAUGCCAUCUGCCAUGGGAGGCGGUGCUAUAGGUGUAACUCCUAUGGGAGGCAUGCCACUCAAUCAGGGCAUGAUGGGAAUGAAUAUGAACAUGGGAAUGCCAGGAGCUGUUGGCAUGGGGAUGGGCAUACCAGUGUCAGUCAUGAACAUGAGCUCUGCCAUGGCACAACAGAAGCAUGAUGCCUUUGCUGACUUUGCCAACUUUGGCAAAUAAAUGAGAGACGGACGCUGUGCGCUAGGACAAUCUUUCUGGAAGGCAGGAGCAUGAAGGAUUUUUAAAGAGCUGCAAACAAAGAGUACUUGAAAGAUGUCAAUUAUGGCCUCCCAGAAUCCUAUUGUUCCUUACACAGCACUGAUGUGUAAAUGGGUGAAUCUAAUCAGUCCUGCCCACGAGCCACAUGGACAGUGGUUUGCUUGUAUGAGAGAGAAAUAUGUGAUUGCACUUCCACUUAAAAUUGCUUUAAAUCUUGACAGAAUCUUAACUUCAGGAUCGUGUAUAUAUAAAUGUAAUGAAAUUGACUGGCCCCAAAUACUAUUCUCACUCCUUUAUAUCUGACCUGAAGAUUGUGAUUUGUUGGAUCUGAAGUUAUUCCCCAUCCUGUCCAUUCUUCUACAUAUAACUUUGUACAUAUUACUGAAAAUGGAUACGAGUUAUUUAAAUCAGAUUAUUAAUAAUGAGGCAUUUUCAAAUUACAUGAAUCAGUGCAGAACUAUAGCAAGACCAAGCGAGUGAGAAUCAUGUUAAGAGCAUCCGCUGUGGCCUUUGGAGUGGGAAUAUAUAUAUUUUUAUAGAAAUGUGAUGUUUUGCAUCUUUGUGAAUGUACAUCAGUCACACAAAGGCUUUGGUCAUUCAGUGUCAUUACAUACACAGUGCCUAUCAACCUGUUGCCUAUAUAUUUUUUCUUUUUUUCUCUUAAAUUUCUUAAGACAAUGAGAUUACAGUAUUUAUUACAGGUACUGUAGACAGUUGAGCGUAUACUUAUGCACAAGGUUUUUUGUUUAGUCUUUUUUUUUAAAUCCAUAUUUGUUCCCCCAUUUUCACUGCAUGGCUAGUGUGAAUGAUUAAAAUUUGUUUUUUCUGAACUUGAUAGGAUUAGGUUUUUUUUUUUUUUUUAAAUGCAAGUCAGGUCACGAUGUGUGAGGUGGGUGACGCUGUAUACUGACCUGAGAUGAGUGAAGUUCACUGUGCUGUUCUGCUGAGUGGAAUGUUGUAUCGUUUAAGACCAUCUCUGUAUUUUUUGGAGCAGGGACUCAAACUGAAGCCUUCCUUCUUGUUCAGAAGCAGCACACGUGCAAAUGACCAAAUUCUGCCUUCUCUCUUCUCUUUUUUCCAAGGUAUUGAUGUUUUGUUUUAUUUAUUAUUAUUAUUUUUUUUAAAGUCUGUUAAGGUGUGUGUAAGACUUGGGGUAUCAUGUAUGGGGCGGUGGAUCUUUAUUGAGAAACACUAUACUUUUUAUGCAAAUCUCAAACCGACAAAACAUCCCUUCUUUUAAGUGUAUGUCCUCACAUUCAUGCACUGAUUUGAUUGUAUCCAUGAUGUACCUUUUAUGUCUGAGAUUAAAGAGUUGAUUUCA